AUGCCACCUUUCAUCCCUUCCAAACGCCGUUUGUCCACCUCUUCUGCCAAUAGUCCAACGCCAAAUUUAGCCAAGAAGCCCAGUCUUUUUGAUACCGCAGAUAAGCCCGACGCGUCUGCGACUUUACAAGAUAACAAGGCUUUUUUUGAUCAGUUGGGUGGCUCAGAAAGUGACAGUUCUCUCAGCGAUGUUAGCAGUGCCGACUUCGAGGAUGUUCAGUCGCCACCGAAUUCGAAAAGACGGAAGAUAGCGCACCGGGAAGACGAGGACAACGAUGAAGUUGAUUGGGAGGACGCUAUAUAUCCUAAUGCCACGCUAUCCUCAAGCGCAGCUGCUGGCCCAUCGGGUGAUCUCGAGCUCACACUUGACAAAAGUGCUCGUAUUGGCUCCACCACCAAUCCUCGAGACAAGAGUAAAGGACCAAGCAAGAUUGAAAGACAGAUCAGGGUGUCCACACACAUUAUGCACGUGCAAUUCCUGCUCUUCCACAAUCUAAUCAGAAAUGGCUGGACAUGUGACAAGGAGACUCAGCGUAUUCUAGUUGGUCAAAUACCGCCCGGCGUGAACAAGGAAAUCACCAAAUGGAAGAUCGCCGCAGGGAUCAUUCGAGAUGCUGCCGUGGAGGACCCCAAAUUUACGACAUGCAAUAAUAAGAAAGGAAAACAAGCAGAACAAAGCGAGAGGAAUCAGAGGGAUUGGGGGAGACCUGCAGAGAGGCAAGAAAGAGGUGCUCCAAACAUGAGUCGAGGCGAUCCCACCCUACGACUACUCAAAGUACUGGCUGCCUAUUGGAAAAAGCGAUUCACCAUUACAGCCCCCGGGAUACGGAAACAAGGGUACAAAGCACUUGCGGUCUUAGAAGAGGACAUUGCAUCGUAUAGGAACGACAAGCACGACCCAGAACAGCACGGCGAGCGAAUAGGGAGCAUUGAGAAGUUCAGGAAGCUCGCGAAAAGUUGCGAAGGCUCCCGAGACGUGGGAGCCCAGCUUUUUACCGCUUUGAUUCGGGGUCUAGGACUCGAAACGAGGCUGACCACGAGCUUGCAGCCUGUUGGGUUCGGUUGGAGCAAGAACGAAGAAGCUUCGGAACAGAGGAGGAAUGUUUCGAAAAUACCGAAGAUGGAGGAUGCUGAUGAGGUACCUGCCCCCAGUGAAGAAUCUGAUUCCAGAAUCGCGCCUAUGGUAACGAAAACUUCCACGACACCCAGCAAAAGCGUUGGUAGAAAUGAUAUGCUUAGAGGUGCGAGGAGUGCGCCAGUAGACCUUUCGGAAGUCUCAUUUAAGGACAGUGGGGAGGACAUCCCGUUCGAUGAGGAGGACGACGACGACGACGCGUCCGUAGUUGAUGUAACACCUGCUACUCCUCGUACGCGAGCGAACAUGAAUUACGAUAGAGACAUGCCGUUUCCGACCUACUGGACCGAGGUUAUAUCCCCCGUCACCAGCGAGAUUUUCCCAGUCGAUCCAAUGAUACUCACUCCAGCAGUGGCAACUAAUCCCGAACAUCUAGGUCAGUUUGAAUCCAGAGGCGCCAAGGCGGACAAAGCAAAACAGGUGUUUGGAUAUAUCGUGGCAUACUCCGCUGAUGGAACAGCCAAAGAUGUCACUACUCGUUACCUAAAACGGCACAUGUGGCCUGGCAGAACCAAAGGAGUACGGCUUCCAAUCGAGAAGGUGCCCGUCUACAAUCGAAGAGGAAAGAUCAAACAUUAUGAGGACUACGAUUGGUUCAAGACAGUCAUGAGCGGCUAUUCUAGGACUCCGGAUAUGAGGACUGUAGCAGAUGACAUUGAGGAGGCUAAAGACCUCAAGGCUAUGAAACCGGAGAAGAAAGAACUCAAAGCAAGCGAAGGAACUCUUCAAAGCUUCAAAACUUCUGCAGAGUAUGUGCUUGAAAGGCAUUUGCGAAGAGAGGAAGCGCUACUGCCGGGUGCGAUGCCUGUAAGAACAUUCACUACGGGCAAGGGAGACAAGGUGAAGGAGGAACCUGUCUAUAGACGUAAUGAUGUUGAGAUCUGCCGCACGGGCGAAAGCUGGCACAAAGAAGGUCGGGCGGUCAAGCCUGGCGAGUUUCCGAUGAAAAUGGUGCCUGUUCGGGCAGUCACCCUUACCAGGAAGCGUGAAGUUGAAGAGGCUGAGAGAGAUGGUGAAAAGCUCAAACAAGGCCUGUACGCUUUGCACCAGACAGACUGGAUCAUUCCCCCACCAAUCGAAAAUGGAGUCAUUCCAAAGAACGCAUUUGGUAACAUGGAUUGCUAUGUUCCCACUAUGGUCCCGAAGGGUGCUGUUCAUAUACCGCUUAAAAGUACCGUCAGAAUAUGCAAGAGACUGGGCAUAGACUUCGCGGAAGCUGUGACCGGUUUCGAAUUUGGUAAGCAGAGGGCGGUGCCUGUAAUUACCGGCGUGGUGGUUGCGAAGGGGCACGAGCACGCAGUAAUUGAUGAGUGGGAGAAAGAUGAGGAAGAGCGAAAGAUCAAAGAAGAAGGCAAGAGGGAGAAAACCGCGUUAGGAACGUGGAGGAAAUGGCUGAUGGGCCUGCGUAUAAUCGAACGGGUCAGGGAGGAGUACGGAGGCGACGCGGAUGCGCAUACCGCCGAGGAAGUGAACCCUUUCACGAAUCCAAGCAAGGCCAAGAAGGCCCGGCAAGCCGAGACUGGAACGGGUCCAAAACCAUACAGAGGUCCAUUUACUUACGCCGAUGACAAAGAAGACAUCGGAGGUGGCUUCCCUGCAGAUGAUGACGCCUUUGAUGGUGGAGGUUUUCUCCCCGAAGCACAUGACGAAGAGGAGGUCCCACGUAGAGCGGGCGAGCUCACAAUUGAAGAUGGAGGGGGUCCGGUUGACAGGGAUGCUUUGAAUGGUACUCCGCACGCUCCACCAAUGACUUCGGAUGUCGUGAAUCGUGGGCCCCCGGACACCGAUGACAGCGAGGGGGCUUUAACCGAAGCAGAUAAGGACGACAAGGUAACACUCCCCAAGGAAGCCUCGACAAUUGGGAAGAAACCAGCUACAACCAUCAGCGGUCCCAAUGGUAAAGUACCCACCAAUUCGCCCAAAAGAAGGGCAGCGCCGAAACGCAAAGCAGCGAGGAAGAGCGAAACGGCACUCAAGAGUCACUUCUUCGAACACGAAAGUGAUGAGGAUGACAACAGCGAUGAAGGGAGUUUGCCGAGCAAGGCGGUCGCUGUCAAGAAGCCUGCAAAGAGGAAUAGUAAUAAAAACGGGUCGGGUCCGUUACUUCGAGCAAGGAAAAGCACCUAUUAG